GCGGGAUGAUUACAUCCCUCCACAGUAUCUGGCCUGGGCCAAGAAGCUCCAGGAUGAAGCGCCGGUGUCGCUGAGUUCAACAGAGGCUCGGCAGUUCAUCGCCGCAGAGCUCGGCUUGAGUGAGCCGCAAGGCCUUGAUGCCGUGUUCGAGGACUGGAGCCCCCUGCCCAUCGGCUCUGCUUCGAUUGGACAAGUGUAUCUCGCUAAGUUGCGAUCCAGCCGUGAGCGAGUCGCCGUGAAGGUACAGAUGCCUGGCGCCGAGCACCUGUUCCGAGUGGAUAUCAAGACGCUCAAGUUAUUCACCAGCUUUGCGUUUCCCUGGGCAGUGGACCACAUGAAUGAGCUGGAGGCCAUGUUCGAGUCUGAGUUCGACUACGCUUUAGAGCGUGACGCCUUGAAGCAAAUUCUCACGGACCAUGACUGGGACGAGCUACUGACAGGAUGA